GAGGAAAUGACGUAGCAAUGUUGUGAAUUGCAUAUACGCUUACACACACCGAGAGAGAUAUACCACUGCACUGACGUCUUCUCAGGAAUAUUCUAGAAGGAAAACAUUCAUGUCCUCACACUUUUGACCGCAUUGAAACCCCCAUGGACCUCCAAAAAAUCAUCCACGGUGCAUUGCACGACUUCAUUGAGACUUACAUCCCCGACGCGGAUCUCAGCACGCUGGAUGACGUCCUUCUGUCCUACAUCACUGGGGUUCUGCAAGAUUUGGGCUCCCAGCAAAGUGUGGAGGAGAACUUCGACGUGGAGAUCUUUGCGGAGAUGCUGGAGGCGUACAUACCGGGAUUUGCGGAAAUAGAUAGUGUCAAAGUGUGUGAAAUGAUGUUCAGCCUGGCGUCCACACUCGCCACAGCGAGGACUGCAGCUGACGGAGAAAGCAGCGCACCAAAGUCAGAGGACAGAGCUGUCAAACCAAGUGGACCUCCACCCGGCAGUGAAAUGCAGUGCCUACAAUCACAGACAGAGGGCGCCACAGCCAAGCUACCAGUGUCAGAGUGGGAGUCUCAGGAACAGCACCUUCUGGAGAUGUUCCCCAAGUGCAGUUUGUCCGAGGCCCGCAGUGCCCUCUCUAUUGCCAAAGGAGACAUGGAGGAAGCUGUUCGCCUUAUCAUCGAGGGAGAUGUCCAACUCAGCCCCUCUCCACUUAAUGUAAAUCAAGGGAAGAAUAUCUCUUCAGUGGCAGAUCAGAAACUGAAAGAAAGCAUCCUGGAGAAGUACAUGCUGGUCGACAACGAAGAGGACAAAAAAACACACCGGCCCGUGGCCCCCAGAGACGCUCCCAAAAAGCUUGUCCGUUACCACGGCAACCAGGUGGUGACCACCAAGGGAGAGCGCUACCAGGUGGUGAAAAAGGACGACUCGGAAGACAUGAAGAAGACGUACGUCAACCUCAAGCCGGCUCGGAAAUACCGAUUUCAUUGACGGGGAGCGCCACAGGAGCGAGUGCACUGACGGGUGUUGUUGACACGUGUUUUAUGCUUUGGUCUGAAUUUGACUUUUCAAACUUGUGGCUUAUUUUUUAAUCGUGCUGCCAUUAUCUUCAGUACUUUGGUUAAUACGCCUAUUAUUAUUAUUAUCAUUACGACCUAUGUUUUUGUUACAGUUUUCUUUUGUAAGGUUUUAUCAAGGUUUGUCGGUAUUCUCGUGAACUUCCAUGACUUCAUGGAAAUUGAAAUUAAUUCUAGUGGUGCUUUUUUUUUAUUUCUAUUUUUUAAAGUCUCAACUGCUCGUACAUAUGAUGACAUCAUUGUUUAGCACUGUUUCCACAUACCUCCUUUUUAUUUACGGCAGACCGCUACCUGUUUGUUUCGGCUCACAAACGCAUUAUAAACGGACUGUCCGUGAACGUCGUUACAACUCGGCGUUGCGACGACCUCACACGCACCUGGUCUGCCAGAGAAUAAGAAGACGCGACAGGAGGGAUCUCCUAUUUUAAAGAAUCUAGCGAAGGGAGUGUUGCGUCGACCAGUUCUUCCUCCCAGGGAAUCUAAGUUACUGGUCAAUCCCAAGUUCUUUCGAUGACAUAUAUGCUGAGUAACAAGGACCAUCAAGACAGAGUAGGAAUAUUUUCAAGUUUUACUAAAGCUUUAGGAGAUCAUCUUAACCAAUACAUUCAUAUCGGCUACUCUAGUUGAUUGAUUGAUUGAUUGAGACUUUUAUUAGUAGGUUGCACAGACAUAUUCCGUACAAUUGACCACUAAAUGGUAACACCCGAAUAAGUUUUUCAACUUGUUUAAGUCGGAGUCCACUUAAAAUGAUCUGACAUUGAAACGGAAAAGCCAACUUCUUGCACAAAAAGAAAGCCCCCCCCCCCCUCUCUGCCUAGCAACACUGAUAAGGAAGAUUUGGGGGUUUGGUUUCACAUUCCUGAUGGUUUAAGACACUAAACAGACAAUCUGAAGACAAAGAGACUGGUAGAAUAUACAAAGGAAAAGUACCAGCUACUAUAAACAUGGCUAUGUAAAAAGAAAGAACUCUUAAACAUAUAUAUGCAGCACCUCCGCAAGUAGAUUGCAGUCCUGUGUGGAAAACACUUAACUUUUAAACUUGGCGGGCGUUUCUUUUGCCGAACGCUUUUAAUUAGAUGAUUCUAUGAUCGUUCCUCAAGGUAAUGUACUGUGCAUACUCUCCUUUUUCCAGUACAGUUGUUCUACAUUGGAGAUUGUAUUUAUUCAUUGCAACUUUUCUACAAUGCAUACAAGCUUGACCUAAAGUUUAUGUUCUAAACACUUCAGAUCUCCAGAGUGGUGAUGAAGUGGUCCUUAUCAUGGCUCAUUUGUGUUUGUCGGUGACAUGUUGUAGUGUGAUUGGUGGUUUUAUUGCAAAAAUGUGUAUAUUUAUAUAUAUUUUCUAUUUAUUUGUCUGUAUUUGGAGUGCGCUGUAAAACAUUGACACGGUGGUGUGCAGGUGUAACGCAACUGGAUACUUUACCGCGAAUAUUACUGUCUUUUAACAAUUUAAUGGCGACUGAUAUGAUGUUACUGUAAAGCAGGGGUGGGCAACAUCCAAUCCAAACACCAAAUUAAAUGUGACAAAAACUGUCAAUCCACAAAAUGUUCAUAAUAUAUCAUAAAAUUCAGUAAACAACUGAAAUGGUGACUGAUAAGUUCCCCACCCCUGCUAUAAAGCACUGAAUGGCUAUUGACUGAAGUUGUAAACUUUUGCUUUAACAAAAAAAAAACCACGCAAUUUAUAGUAAAUACUAAUUUUGUAGACUACUACUACUACUGUCGUGUUUUUAUUCAGCCAUGUUAUUGAGCUACGCCAUCAGGCAUUCUUUACUUGGACAAACAAAAGCACAAAACAGGCAUCCAUCAGUUAAUAAAACCGCGUUUAUUUCACACAUAAACCCAAGUAUUUAAUUUUUUUAUCCCAAACAAAAAUGUGAUCUUCAAUAAUUUGCUUUUUAUUGGACUUAAAUCAUGUCAAAACACACGUUCACAUGCUAUAUUA